AUGCGGGCUUUGCUGAUCAUUCCGGCUCUCUGCGGAGUAUUAUUAACUUAUAACACAGGAUUGAACAACGCGGUCGUAUUUAAGUUUACCAACGUUAUUUGUGAGAGUUACAACACAUCUUGGUUUGUGUUUCACAACUGUCGCUUAAAGGCUGUGAAUAGAAGCAAAGUGCUUCUUAAUAUCAACGGAACGGUCUUACACCCAGCUUAUGAUAUACACGUUCAUGGACAAGUUUUAAAGAGGGCCAAUGGCUACAAGCCGUGGCUAGUCGACCAAAAACUGGAUGAGUGUCAAUACAUGCGACACCGAUCCAUUCCGGUUGUAACAAUUGUCUACGGGCUUUUUAAGGAAUUUUCAAAUAUGAACCACACAUGCCCCUAUAUAAUAAGAAUCAUAAAAGACUUUUAUCUGAAGACCGAACUACUACGGCUUCCGCUUCCAACUGGCGAUUACAUGCUGACUUUGCGGUGGUUUUUUGAUCGAAAAUUGCAAUUCGAUUUUAAUGUCAGUUUCACGUUUGUCGAAGAUAUUCUCAAAAAAAAUUAA